UCCAGAAUGAUCACAGCGAGUUGUUAUUCAUUCACGUUAAUUUUGAGGAUCGUGAGAAUUUAGAAGAUGUCUGCAACCGGAGAAGUUGAGAAUCCCGCCGUCAAGCAGACGGAGAAGCCUGUUAAGGAGAAAAAACCUAGAGCUAAGAAGCCUAAAUCUGCCAAAACUGUUACUCAUCCUCCUUACUUUCAGAUGAUUAAGGAGGCUCUGUUGGCUCUAAACGAGAAAGGUGGAUCGAGUCCAUAUGCAGUUGCAAAAUACAUGGAAGACAAACACAAGGAUGAAUUACCAGCGAAUUUCAGGAAAAUUCUAGGUCUUCAAUUGAAGAAUUCUGCAGCAAAGGGAAAGCUUAUCAAAAUCAAGGCUUCAUACAAGCUAUCUGAGGCUGGAAAGAAGGAAACUACAACAAAAGCAUCUACCAAAAAGCUUUCCAAGGUCGAUCCUAAGAAGAAACCUAGAAGCACUAGGUCCACCACUACUGCAGCGAAGAAAACAGAGGUUCCAAAGAAAGCAAAAGCUACACAGAAAUCGAAAAAGGUUGGAACCAAGAGGAUGAAGAAGGCUACUCCUGCAAAGGCAAAGCAGCCCAAAUCUAUCAAGUCACCUGCUGCUAAAAGGGCCAAAAAAGUUGCAGCUUAGAUAUAGGAGGAAUAAUGGUUUGCUUUGUUGUUAGUCUGUGAAUAUGAAAAUGAAGCUUUUACUUUCAGUCGUGUAGUUUGUAGUGUAGGUAGGAUCAAGUUCCCUUUCUUGGGUUUGCAGAAGUUUGGUUAUGAACGUUUGUAUCUCUGUGUAAUUAAGGUCUUGUUAUGUUAAUAAUCAACUUUUUCUUCAA